AUGGAGCCGCGCGCCGGCUGCCGGCUGCCGGUGCGGGUGGAGCAGGUCGUCAAUGGCGCGCUGCUGGUCACCGUGAGCUGCGGCCAGCGCAGCUUCGCCGGGAUCCUGCUGGACUGCACGAAAAAGUCUGGCCUCUUUGGCCUGCCCCCGUCCACUCCACUGCCCCAGGCCGAGGACACCCCUGUCAACGGCUGCCAGGGCCCAGUCGCCACAGAGGGGGACACGGAGGCAAUGCAGCUGGGGACGGGCCCCCCGCCGCCUUCUUGCCCUGAGCCACCCCCGCCCCUGGUGCCACCGCUGCCUGCCGGCACCCUGCCCCCCUUCCCACCAUAUUUCGAAGGCGCCCCCUUCCCGCCCCCGCUCUGGCUGAGGAACACUUACCAGCAGUGGGUGCCGCAGCCACCACCCCGGACUAUCAAGAGGACAAAGAGGCGCCUGUCCCGCAACCGUGACCCAGGCCGGCUGGCCCUGAGCCCCAUCUGCCUGCGGCCAAGGCGGGUACUCUGUGAGAAGUGCAAGAGCACCCUGAGCCCCCCGGAGGCUAACCCCGCACUCCCCGCCACCCCCCGGCCUCGAAGGAGACUGAGCAGCGGCCCUGACUCCGACAGGGAGCUCCGCAAGCAUGAGGACCCCGAUGGCGGGGGCGACCCAGCGGCCUCAGUUACCGGCAGGAGGAGCAAGAGGGAGAGGCGGGAGGAGGAGCAGGCUCGGGUGCCACGGAGCCCCGCCAUCAAGAUCUCCUACAGCACACCCCAGGGCAAGGGCGAGGUGGUGGAGAUCCCGUCCCGCGUGCAUGGCUCCCUGGAGCCCUUCUGCCCCCCUCAGGCCCUGCAUGGGGCCCAGGCUCCCGAGGUGGCUUGGGACAGGCCACCCAGCGGGCCCUCCUCCUCCAUUCCUAAGCUGAAGCUGACACGACCCGUGCCUCCCAGUGCUGACCUGCUGCCCCCCAAGAUUCGCCUGAAGCCCCACCGCCUGGGGGCUGGCGAGCAGGAGCCUGUCUACAGGGCUGAGCUGGUGGAGGAGCUCGGUGGACGAGGUCCCCGGGCCAGCUCACCCGCCCACCCUGCCCCUGGCUCUGCCCACGGUGCGCUGGUGGACUUGUCUUCAGGAAGUUCUGGCGAGGACGAUGACUUCAAGAGGUGUCCCCAGGGUAAACACGAGCGUGACAGCCUGGCCUUUCUCACCAGCUGCCCCAGGAGCAGAACAGACUGUGCCCGGGAGUCAGUGUGGAGCGGUGACAGCCUGGACGAAUCCAAGUCAUCCAGCUCAGAAGUAACGUCCCCAGACACAUACGACCUUUCCUCUGGUGAUGGCGUGUCUGUGCCGUCUUCAUCCAAGCAUGCGGGGCAGACGGUCCCACCCCUGACGGUGAGGCUGCACACGCAGAGCAUCUCCAAGUGCGUCACCGAGGAUGGAAGGACCGUGGCUGUAGGGGACAUCGUGUGGGGUAAGAUUCAUGGUUUUCCUUGGUGGCCAGCACGUGUCCUUGACAUCAGUCUUAGCCAGAAGGAGGACGGGGAGCCCUCUUGGCAAGAAGCGAAAGUCUCGUGGUUUGGUUCUCCAACUACAUCAUUCUUGUCCAUUUCCAAACUCUCCCCUUUCUCUGAAUUUUUCAAACUGAGAUUUAACCGUAAGAAGAAGGGGAUGUAUCGGAAGGCUAUAACAGAGGCAGCCAAUGCCGCGCAACACGUGGCCCCGGAAAUCAGGGAGCUCUUAACCCAGUUCGAAACAUGACUAGGGCUCCCUGACCAGGUCACCAACGAUGAGGGCACAGCUGUUCUCCUGGAGCUUCUGACUUCGGGGUGUCCUCCAUCCUCCAUGCCCCCCGUUCUGUCUGAGGGACCCUGCAUGCCUUCUGGCCGGCUGCAUGCAGAAACACGCCAGGCCCGCAGUGGCCAGCCUGGCUCCCGGCUUCCCAGGAGGAGCGGCCGUGUCUAGCUGUAAGGACAGAACCCCAGGAGCCUGCGGGUCCUGGUGGCUGAAUGUCAUUAUUCUCCCAACUCGGACUUUAGCUUUUCUCGUUGUGAAACAGCAGGAACCCAGGGACCCCGGCCGCCUCGUCCAUCCUGGGAGGGCCGAGCUCUGGGCCCGGCGGGCUGCAGAGCACCGAUUUCACGUGUGCGGUUCCUUCCGGCCCUGAGCACCGGGCCCCUGUGCA